UUAUUGAUUUAUUUUUAUUAUCAACAACAGCAGUUUUAAAAUUGUAAUAGUAAUAAUAGUAUUUUCUCUUGUAUUUUUGGUUCUCCUUUUUUGUUACAGGGUAUUCCUUUCCAAAACAGUAAUCCCUCCUCCAAGAUACAACUCAUCUGCACAGUCUCCAGAUGUCGGACAAACGACGUGGAUUUCUUAAGACUCAGUGAUGAUCGGAAGUUUUAUCAUGGAGAACAACUUCAACCAAGAAGCUGAGGAAAAUCCUCAUCUGUGUUUCCAGAGAACACCAUCUCUUAGACGCAAAUGGAGAAAACGUUAUGGAGGCCUUGAUGGUAACAAACUACUGGAGCCAAACAAGGAGGAGGACACCAGAGAGAAUGGAGAGAUGACAGAUGCUCUCCCAAAGAAGAAUGCCAACCCUGUGAAGUUUACUGCAACUCUGGAAACAAAAGCCCCAGGGAACAUUCCACAAUCAGUGCCAAGAAAUACCUUUCCAUCCCAGAGGCCAGUCAAUUACGUUCUUCCAGGCUCCACAGGCUUGUCAUCUUUAAUAAGCAAUGGAAGCACAAAGAGAGCAGUACCAGAGCAGGACAAAAUUCAUCAAGCCAGCCAACCAUGGCAAAACUUGGGCCAACAAGAGGCCCAACAAGGUCAUUUUAAGAAAAAAGUGGCUGCAGAUGUGCUCUUUGAUUGUUUUGCCUCUGGGGGAAGAGUCAACACCAAUCAGUUUUUUGAGGCUUUGUGGAGCUCAGGAAUCAUUCGAACAGAUCCACGUAUUAAAGACUGCUACAGCCUGAUGCGAAAACUGCAGGAAGCAGAUGGCACAGUUGACAGAAGCACCUUUCACAGAUGUGUUACCGGCUUUGUGUCUAUCGUUCUGAAGGCAUUACAGGGAAGAUUUGUCAUUCCAGAUUUUUCAACUUUCGCAGAGGAAACUCAAAAGCAGUUUAUUAAAUGUAAACAGCUGUCUUCUGUAAAGGAGAAAGAUCAUGUAAAAGAAAGCAGCACACAAUGGGGGAUUUCAAUCUGUACAGUGGAUGGACAGAGACUUUCUUUAGGAGACUGGGCAGAACCUUGCAUUCUUGGAGAGAUAUCUUGGCCUCUCAUAUACAGUCUUGCAGUGGACCAUCAAGGUGCUGACUAUGUACACAGAUUUGUGGGAAUGGAGGAAUACUCCAAAUAUGAGUCACCUUUUACCCUAACCAAGCAAGGUGUACCACACAGUCCACUGAUUGAGACAGGAGCCAUAAUCAGCAGCUCGUUAUUACAGCUGGCAACCAGACCAGUCACGGAGGAAGAAGAAAAGUAUGAGUCUGUUCUGAAUAUCAUCAGAAGACUGUGUAACAAAGAACAUGCAAACUUAAACUGCACAAGCUAUCAAAACUUGCGAAAGGACAUUAUUCGACUACACGCCCUUUCGUUUUACCUGCAAGAGAAGAAAUGCUUUCCAGAAGGUGUGGGGAUCAAUGCCACGUUGGAUUUACUCUUACAGUGUUUAUCGACAGAAGUCACUUGCGAGUCUGGAGCAGCAUUGGCGGCGAGUCUAGCUAAUGGGGGUCUGUGCCCUCUGUCAGGUGAUCAAGUACUGUCUCCUCACGCCAUCCGCAGCACCCUUUCCAUGAUGCAGGUGGCUGGCAUGAAUGAUUAUUCAAGGACUUUCCAUUUCAGGACAUCUGUACCUGGCAAGUCCAGCCGUUCUGGUUUGGUGCUAAUAGUGGUACCGGGAGUUCUGGGACUCAUGUGCUGGUCACCUGGACUGGAUUCCAAUGGGAAUUCCUGGAGGGGUGUCCAUUUCUGUGAGGACCUGGUUUCAACCUUCCAGCUGCACAGUUUCGACAUUAGGACUCCCUUCAGACAGGUGCUGUCCUACAGACAGUGGAAAGUGGAGUCAGAGGGAUACCAAAUCAUGAAUCUCCUCUUGGCUGCUUAUAGAGGGGACAUGGUGUCUUUGCGCAGAUACCUUCUGGCAGGAGCAGAUGUGAAUACUGUGGAUUAUGAUGGACGAUCAGCAUUGCAUGUCGCAGCCUCAGAGGGACGUCUGGACGUCAUCAAGUUCCUGGUGGAGAAUGCAAAUGCAAACUGCACACUCAAGGACAGGUGGGGUAACACAGCUUUACUGGAGGCCAUGAGAUGCAAUCAAGACCCUGCCAUCCAACUUCUGAGAAAGUACACCGAUUAUGAAGAGAGUUUAUGAUCAAAUAUUAAAAAUACAUUGGAUGGGAUAGUUGACCCCAAAAUGAAAACAUGCUAUUUCAAACCAGUGUUACUUUCUUUCUGCUGUGGAACAAAAAAUGGACAAUGUUAGCCUCAGUCACCAUUUACUUUCAUUGCAUCUUUUUCCCAUACAAUGAAAGUGAAUGGUGGCUAAGGCUAACAUUCUGCCUAACAUCUCCUUUUGUGUUCUACAGAAGAAAAAAGCAAUAUGGGUUUGGAACUACAUGAGUGAGUAAAUAAUGACAGUAUCUAAUACUUUCAAGGUUCACAUAGAACUACAUUUUAUUCAGAACGAAGAGGAGGAUACUUCUCUACUUGGGUAGAAAACAUUAGCCUGUAUUGCUGGCAACAGACCCAGUCAACCACUCACUUAUUAGAAAUGAUUAAAAGAGAAAUAAACCUUUUUUCUUCAAUAAAUGCUUGAAUAGAAAGUUCAA